UGAUAACCUGAUACUAAUGUUACUGACUACUUAAUGGUUUAAUACUUAAUUAUGACUUGCAGCAUUCAGAGGACCCCAUGCGGAUGCCUGGAAUGGCUUAUGCCGUGUACCAAAAUAAACAAUGAGCAAACACCGCUGCUGAGCCAGCAGGAGCCACUGGCGGAGCUGCUGCCAGAGCAGCCCCCAGAGCAGCGUUGUAGCCUUUCCGACCACAGGCUGAGGCUACAACUCAGGCUGUACAGGGCGCUGCUCCUGCCCGAAGAACCCAGGCAGCCGCUUGACCCGUCAGAGCUCCUGGCUGCUCAACAGCGGUGGCGGGCAGCUGUAAAAGCUGCGCAGGAACGCUGCUUCAAAUAG